UUAACAGUUUGUUUUCAUUUUGAAUCCGUAAGCGAAUUAUAGCAAAAGCUGCAUCUUGUUUGAAGAUUUUCGCGUUAAUUUGGCCCGAUAAAGGGUAGCUGCCAUAAUGAAGGAUGUGAUCGAUGUCAUGCAGGCGCAGAGGCAGCAGCGGGUGGCCAAUGUCGACUAUUUACGCAACGAAAGAAGCCACUAUCUGGCUGUGCGAUUCCUCUUCGAAUGCGGUCUUAAGUUAGGCGCAAAGCCGUUGACUGUGGCUACUGCAGCAGUUACCUAUCACAGGUUCUUUGCCGAAGCCUCGGACGAAUCAUACGACUGCUUCCUUAUUGCUGGGGCGUGUUUGUUUUUGGCUGGCAAAGCCCACGAUGAGCCGCUAAAGGUGCGAGACGUUAUCAACGUCACAAAUCGCACCCUUCAUAGAGAUAGUCAGCCCAUCGAGUUGAACGAUGAUUACUGGAGAAUGAGAGACGCUCUGGUUCAAGCCGAGCUGCUCAUCAUGAGGAUGCUCAAAUUCUCAAUUCUAUGGCUUCACCCACACAAGUACAUGCUCCACUAUUUGAAAACCUUAGAAGACUGGUUCGACCCUGAACAGUGGAAAAAACUGCCAAUUUCCAAAGCAUCUGCAUCCUUUUUGCAAGAUUUUCACCACAAUCCGGCUAUUAUUGGACUGAAGCCUCAGCAUGUUGCAAUUGCUUGUAUCAGCCUUGCCUUGCAGUGCUAUGGAGCACAAGUGCCAUUGGUCGAUGAGGGCGAAAGCAUUUUGUGGUACUCGCCGUUUGCAAAAGAUUUGGAGAAGGACAAGCUGUGGUCCAUCAUGGAGAAAAUUAUGGACGUUUACAAUAAGGAGUCUGAGCUGAUCUCAUAAAAAUUCCUUAUGUUUUUAGUAAUAUAGACUUGAGAAUUAAUUUGAUUGCACACACUUGUUGCUUGCUCUUGUUGGCUGCUUUACAUAUUCCAACAAUUAUUUAACGCUGUGAAUGAAUAAUAAAAAAAAUAUGGAAUUUAUUUUGUGAGCUCG